GCAACAUAUAAACCUUUUGCCUCCCCUCCAUAACUACUCCAAGAUAAGCGACCUUUCCCUCUCCUUUAUCUUCUUGCUCGCAUCCCUCCUCCGGCUAUGGCUUCCAAGGAGAACUCCACCUCCAAACCCCGUCGCCGGCGGCGAUUUUCUUGGAUUUCGUCAUGUUUCGGAUGGUCGCCUUUGUCGGAUUCCGGCAACACCGAGACGCCGAUCUCUGGUACUGUCGUCAAAGGUUCUUGGUUUUCUCGGUUGAGGUCUCCGACAAAGAAGAGGACCGUGCCGGUGGAUGUCUUGGCCGGUGCAACCCCCGUCGUUGCACCGAAGAAGAAGCCGGCGUCUGCGAAGAAGAGCUUCUUCCAGAAAUUUAGGAAGGACAAGAGCAGUGAGAAGCGCUCUUCGCCUCACCACCCCCACCAACCCCAGAACCCGGCAGCAGAGACCGACGUCACCGCCGAGACCCACCGCGUCCAGGUUCGCCAUGUUGCCUCCAAGUGUGAUGCCCGCAGCAAGCCAGCGCCACUCUACCGGGUGCGCGACGCAGCCCGGACAGGCACCCGGAGCAGCCACCCCGGCUCGCCGGAGCCCGGCCACCGCACCACCUCCGACGCCAUUCUUCGCAACUCUAACCACAAGAAAACCUGGAAGAGGUGCAACGAGACGAUCGGAUGUCUCACGGACUCCUCUCUUAGGCUGUCGGUGCUCGCCUUGGCGAUCGUUCUGACGCUUCUACUCGGCCGGGCCUGCGCCAGCGUCUGCAUGAGUGCAUGCUUCUACCUCCUGCCUCGUUUUAGGGUGGCCACGACUGUGGUGAGGAACCCUGUUAGCAGGAAGGUUGAUGAUGAGAUUGAUAUGAGCUCGGAGGAGCACAAGAAGAGAGUGGUGUUGAUGGGUUUACUCCAACGUGAAGGCCGGCGGCCAUCGGCGACAAUUCGGGCGGGCACGCGAUAGCUGGAAGCCGCCCUGCAUGCAAUGGCUGGAAAGUGGCAUUUCUUUUGCCUUUUUCUUUUUUUCUUGUUUUUUUUGAAGUCCUUUUGGAUUUUGUCUGUUUAGUCCUGUUUAUUUAGAUUAUGUACAUACCACCGCCAGCCGUUGUGCAUAAAAUUUUGAGAGAAGGGACGAUGUGUAGGCUACGAACCCUUUCAGGGAGGCCACCACGCGUCCAAGUUUUUCAGAGAUAGGAAGAGGCACAUCUCUUAUAAUCCGAGGAGAAUCUCCGAUGUAUGUUUAUGUGAGAUAAUGAAUCAAAGAGAUAUAUCGCAAAGUUUAUUCCAAA